UCCAAUGUUUGAUCAGUUGCUAUUCUAGGGAAGUCUGAAGGGGAGGCGUAAAGGGAGAGGGCAAAGUGUUCACAUUUCUCUUCCUCACAUCAUGCGGGCAGCACUCACAGGAUGAGAGGUGAGGACUGACGGAAACCAAACAGCUCUUCAUAAGACCACAAAGAGAUAUUUUAAAUCAGCGAGGAUUGAGUUGGGGAGGAGAGAUCAUCUAAUUGACAUCUAGGUCAACCCAGAACCGCGGUAAAACGGACCACAGAAUCACCAUGGUUACCGUGGACAUCAAGACGCUGGUUGUGCGGAUACUGGAGGUGGUCUUAACCUGCAUCUCCUUCAGCCUGGUGGCAUCGGUGGGCCACAGCACUAAUUCCUUCUGGACGUGGUGCAUGUUCACCUGGUGCUUCUGCUUCUGCGUCACCAUCCUCAUUCUCGUCCUGGAACUCACCAGCCUCAGCGAAAAGGUGCCCAUCUCCUGGGAUGACUUCACCACCGCCUAUGCCAUGUUGGCCACUCUGAUGGUGCUGGCUGCGUCCAUCAUCUAUCCCGUCUACUUCUCCUGCCCUAGCUGCGGCAGGCAAAUCGCUGCCACCGUUAUUUCCUGUCUGGCGUUCAUCCUGUACGCUGUGGAGGUCGGGCUAACCCGGGCUAAGCCCGGGGAGAUAAGUGGAUUCCUCUCCACGGUGCCGGGCCUUCUCAAGGUCCUGGAGGCCUUCGUGGCCUGCAUCAUCUUCAUCUGCUUGGACUACAACCACUUCUCACGGUUCCCAGGGCUCCAGUGGUGCGUUGCGGUGUACUCCAUUUGCUUCAUAUUCUCCCUGGUCGUCAUCGUUUUUACCAUCGGCCGCCUCCUGACUCUCCUCCCCGCGCCGUUUGACAAAGUGCUGACUGUCUGCAACGUGUUGGCGGUGUUGAUGUACAUCACCGCCAUGGUCAUCUGGCCUCUGUACUGCUUCAGGAACAAUUCCAGGCCGAGCUACUGCAAUAAUACGCUUUGUACCUGGGAUAAUUUAGUGGUUAUCACGUUCAUGACUUCUUUUAACCUCGCUGCUUACAUUUCAGAUGCUUUUUAUUCUUUCAGGCUGGUGUUCUUUAUCGGUAGAAGCUAGGUUGCAAAUGUGUGUCAUAUAAGUCCACAAGGACCCAAAGAGUGAACGUGAGAGCGGGAGAAUGGUAUGUAAAGCAUUUCCUGUGCACAUCCUGUAAAACAUAUUUAAUUUCACUGUGGUUGAUUUUUUUUUCUCCCUUUAGAUGCAUUCUCUGAGUACAUGAAACUGUAUCAAGUUAUUACCGUUGGGGAGAUGUAAUCCCAGUAUCUUUGCUUAUUGUUUUUUUACAGCCUAUUUUCUUGAUCUCUGAAAAACGAACAAAAUGCAAUAAAAUUUUGGAUUUAUAUUGCACACAUCACCAUGGGCAUCACUAUUUAUU